UUGAACAUUGUAUGUCGAGGUGAGGGGGGGAUGCUUACAUUACUGAAACAUAGGAACAAUCUGACUUGUAAGAAUUGGAGUGACAUUUUCUAAAGUUACAUUUGGAUGUGCUUUAUUGAUAAUUUACCGGUAUGUUGAAGGAAGACAGCUUCUGAUUGACACAUCUGACAAGAGAAGCCAUCAACAAGAACACCCUCAAAUAAACACCAGAAGGUCAAGCAUCUCCAUUCCCAGCUCUGGUGGACACAGUGGUUCAUUGGAAGUCAUUGGAAUAAACACUACAACAAUCAGACAGGAAAUGUCUUGUAGAUGCACGCAACAGCGCUGAAGACAGCCAAAUGAUGACAAAUAUUUAAGCGCAAACCCACAACUAGAAAUCAAAUGAAGCUUGAAAAUAUGAUAGUUCUUCAAGGACUUAAUGACAAGUUACCAGUGACAUCUGUUUUUAACUCCAACGAAAGUAAAAGUAUUGAGAAUGAAGGGACAUCACUCUAUCUUAAGCAAGGGAAGUCAUUCUGGUCCAGUUUUCCACAGACAACAAGCAUUUUGCAUGACCAGAUUGUCCAAACCACAAUCACAACAAGACCAAGCCUUUUACUGACCAAGAUGAGCAACAUAAAACAGCGGGAAUUACACUCGCCUACGACCUUGAAUCAUAAAAUGAUUUCAGCUUUCACAAUAGAUGCCUUUCAAAGCUACGACAAAGGUCACCACGACAUAAUCAUGGCCAUUUUACUCGGGAUAUUCCUCUGUGUAACAGUCAUAGUCACAAUCGCCAUCUUCCUGUUCUGUAGAAAGAAGAACACCGUGUUCAUGUUGCAGAAGUGUGAACAAGAAGACUCUGACCUUGAAAUGAAUGACAUCAAUACUGAGGCAGAAUCCUCGACAGAUGAUUCUGAAUACGAGUCCCUCCAUUCUGUGAGCUCUGAUGGAGGUCACCAGUCAAGGUCAAGGUCAAGGUCACAGACGUAUCCCAAUCUCAACAGCCAUUGUGUGGAGGAGCGUAUGUAUGAGACGAACGAUCAGCCAUCACACAAGACAAAUGGGACCAUCACAGCCAUGAGACCACAGUCAACAUGUAUAACCUUUGUCCAAAAACAAAAACCAACAAGAUCGAAAACCUAUGGAUCAAAACAUUACAUCAGCUUUGAGGCUAAAAAUAGAAAUGAAAACACAACGGUUCCGCUAUUGGCUGGAACUGUUUCUCCAAGUGGAUCACAAGAAUUACAAACUGAGAAGAAAAUAACCAGACACAGUCUAUCCAUGCCGAUUAUACACAAGAAUGCUGAAAAAAGCAACAGUAAUUUGUUUGUCCCUUCAUGCAAUGAGAAUCAAAAUCGAUCAAUAAGUUACAGAGGUUCAAAGUCAUCUAUAACAAUUGGGCCUCCGUCGUUUCGAAUAAGGUCGUUUCCCAAAAAAUUGUCAGGUAGACAUUGUCACGCAAGAGUGGAGCUACAUGCUGUGGGUUCACACUCACAGUCAUCCAAUCAGAACUACAUAAACGACCUGUUCUUGGCAAAGAAACACAGUGGGCUGCAACCUACGAAUAAAGUAAGGAAAGGCAAGCAUGUGAAAGGUAACAAAAUGUCUGCAAUGCUUCGUGCGGCCGACCAAAAGACUAAGAGACUCACGGUGCCAAAGAUGACCACUGCAAUCCAGUGUCACGAGAACUCCCUCUCAGUGGAUAAAGAAAGUUGAUUGAAUAUGAUCCUCAUUCUGGGAAAACUGGGUUUAAUGCAUGUUUAUUGAUUCCCAAAUGUCCCAAAUUUAAGCCAGUAAAGUCAGCACAGGCUGAUGAGGGACAACACUUUCCAUCUUGACUGGAACAUAAAAUAGAAAUUUUUUCCAGAGGGCAACUCUAAUGACUCUUUGGUUUCCUGUGGUUUAUUGAAAAAUAACAAAUGGUUUCCUGUGGUUUAUUGGAAAAUAACAUAUGGUUUAUUGGAAAAUAUCAUCUGUUCCUAAGGUGAAAUUCACUAUUUCAAAGAGGGCCAAAAAAAAACAGAAAAUUAUCUUUAAUACUUUUAAUUUUUUUUUUAUUUCACUGUAGCUUCUUUUUCUUGCUAUGUUACAAUUUCUUAAAUUGUAUUUAAUGCAUUCAGCGAAUUUUUUCCUUCUAUAUAAAGUAUAUGUAGCAGGUACUUUCCCAAUGGAGGAAAAACUACAAAAUUCCCAAUGGAGGAAAAACUACAAAAUUCCCAACGGCUUCAUAAGAAUUCCCAAAAGGAGUGAAAAUUUUGUCAAUUUCUUUCUAACAUUUCUUUAUAUGCAAGUGAACACAUAAAAUGAGCACUGAAACUGAACAUUUCAAGCCCUUAAAAAUAUUUGCAUGCAAAUGACUAUUUGAAUUGAUUUGUCCAAUUUAUACUAAGCAACUUAAAAGAACCAUUAUCCCAAUGUGAAGGUUUCAUGACAUAAAUUUUCCCUAUUUCA